CUGGUUCCAUCUCCAUACAUAACAGUGAUAAAAAGUCUAAUUGUCAGUAAUGAAAAAAUUAUAGUACAAAAUAUACCACUAUCAAAUAAUCAGCAGUACCAGAGUACGUAUUAUCAGCAACUGCAACUAGGAAGAACCCAUUGGCUGGAGCACCAGAAACAAAAAGAGGAAUUAGUGCAAGUAUUACCCAGCUCAGCACAAGAAUGGCAAGGGCACCAACUUACAGAAUAUAAAACAUUGCUAAAAGAACAAGAGCUAGAGACACAAACUAUUAAGCAACAAUUAAGGAAAGAGCAAGAUCAUAGGCAGCAGUUGUUAAUAGAAUUGGAAAAGAAGGAGGCAGAACGUAGUUUUCAACUACAAGAAAAAGAGCAAAUGUAUCAUCAUCAAUUGCAAGAAAAUAAAGCUCAGAAGGAGCGAGAAAUACAAAGAAUCUGUUUUCAAUUACAGGAAAAGCUAGAGAGAGAGAAGGCAGCAAAAGAUCUAGAAAUACAAAAUUAUCAUUACCAGUUAUUGGAAAAAGAAAAAAUGGAGGCACUAAAAAUUCAAGAAUAUCUUCAACAGCUACAACAAAAGGAGGCAGAAAUACGUAAUUAUUUUAAUCAGCUACAAGAAAGAAAUCAAGAAAUACAAGAGUACUGCCAUCAGUUGGAACAAGUGCAAGUAAGCGAGGCUGAGAAAGAUCUGGAAAUUCAAAGAUGCUAUCAAGAAAUUCAAAAGUACCAGUAUCAGUUACAAGAGAAGGAGAAGGCCGAUGCAAUUUCUAAGCAAAAAAUGCAACAACUAUACCAUCAGCAAUUACAAGAAAAAGAGCAAGAGAGCUUAGAGAAAGAGAAAGAAAAACAAAAAUAUCACCAAAAAUUGCAAGAAACUGAGAAAGAUAAGACCGAGACAAAACAAAGGCAUUCUCUACAGUUGUCAAAAAAAGAAACAGAAAUUGAAAAAUACCGAAAACAUUUAAAGAAAGAACAAGCAGAGAAGGAGCAAUGUCACCUUCAACUAAAAGAAAAUGAAAAGAAAUAUAUUCAACAGUUACAGGUGAAAGACAAGGAACUUUCAGAGAACCAAAAGUAUCAUCAACUUCAGCUACAAGAAAAUGAGGCAAAAAUGAAGCAAAAAAUACAAAAUUACGAUCACGAGUUAAAAAAGAUGAAGAAGGAGUUGGAAGAUAAAGAAAAAGAGAUACAAAUGCUUAAUCAGCUGAUACAUAAGGAGCAAAUAGAAAAAGAUAAACAAAUUCAACAAUUACUGCAGCAAAUUCAACAAUAUAAACAUAAAAUACAAGGGAACGAUAAAUGUAUGAUUGAAAAGGAGAGAGCUGAAGAGAAAGUUCAUGGAAUCCAAUUACUUCAUUCCUCACAAAUGAUAUUUGACAAGCAGGAGGAGCAAGUACCUAUGAUGCCAUCAAAACAGAAGGUAGAGCAAUGCAAUGAAAAAACUUCUGAAAGUGUACCCGAGACAGGAGAUGAACUUAAAGGCGUACACAUUGCUGAUAAAAAAUCAUUUCUUAUUCAAAGUGGAUCUAACCAGUCACUGUCAGUUAACUGGGAGGAAUAUGGUAUAAGGAUAACAAUACCACAAGAAGCAGUGCUACCCUCUGAAACUGUACAGAUAACUAUCAAUGCUCUAGUAGGAGGAAAUUUUGUAUUUCCUGAAGAUACUGAGCUUAUUAGUGCAGUAUAUGCUAUAAGCCUCUCCAAGCCUUUUCUUGAACCAGUUAAACUUGAGGUACAGCAUUGUGUCUCCAUAACAACACCAGCUCAUAGCAACUACCUUAGUUUUUCUACUGCAACUAAUAGUCAGCCACCUUUCCAGUUUAAUACAGUAGAUGGUGGAGAAUUUUCUAUUGGCAACAGAUAUGGUAGCAUAAGUAUUGCUAAGUUUUCUAAGUGGUCUGUUGUCAUGAAACGCAGGAGAAGAACACGUAUGCAUCCAUAUCACACAGAAAAUUCAUCACAUAAAAAAGAGCAUAAAUCUCUCUCAGUUUCAUCAUCAUCACAGUCUUCAACUAAUGUUGAAGAAUUAUUUCCUAAUAUUGAAGAACCACUUGAGAAAAUUCCUUUAUCUUCAAGCGGAACAAUUAAUACAUCAGAACAAAAUCAGUUGAUGAUACAAAUACCAGUUGAGAUAUUAGAAGAUGAGUCACCUGUUAAGCUUUACUUUGGUCAAGUAAUGUAUGAGGUUAAAAAAACAGGAAGAGAAUGGUUGAUGAGAUUUCUACUUUGUCAAGAUCUAAAUGCACUAGUAGAGCAUAUUAAAAAGGUAUUCAAGAGUUUUGAAGAAACUAUGGAAGUAGCUUUUGAGUUUGAAGAUUGCCAUGAUGGAUGCAUUGAGUUGCAACUUGAUGAUAAAAAAUGUCCUAAAGGAUGGUCAGUGAGACCUCAUCAAACACCUUCAAAAGUAAGCCAGAAUCUUAUUGAUAAAUAUGGCAGCAUGUCUCCUCCUCGAUUUCCAAAAUGUGUAUUCACAAUCACAGCCACUCCUGGUGAAGAUGCAGUUAAAGAAUUAAGUUAUCCCAUCACAAUGCAAGGAAUAAAAUCUGACACUAAGGAAAUAAACAUUGUAUUAACAAUGGGUGACUUUCAGCAAAAACCUGCUAGAACUAUUGCAUCACCAUCAGGGUCAAUUUCACCAGUAGCUGAAAGGCAGCUCAAACCAGCUGCAGAGGUUCUACGAGAUCACUUGGAUACACUUUCUGAAAUCCUGGCAGCUCCAAGUAAUCUUUUGGCUAUCAUUACAAGCUUAUACAGUAAAAAACUGAUUACUGAUGAGACUUACACUGAGUCAAUGAAUGCUGGCAGACCAAUACUUGAUAGAUGUGCUUCACUGCUGUUUGCUCUUAAAUGUACAAUUACUACAAAGCCUCAGGCAAUAAUUACUUUAAUUGAAAUAUUAAAAGGAAAAGAAGCUUUUAAAGAAAUUGCUGAUAAAAUGGAUUUGGAAGUGUCUUUUCAUAAUUACACAAACAAUUAGUUGUCCUAUAUUUAACAAU